CGAACCGUGACAGCAGGACUGUAGACACGAAGACGAGGCUGGAGGAGAAUAAGAAUAAUAUUACAUUAACCUUCUUUAAAAACUCAAACUCUAUUCUAUUUAUCUUUAUAUUUCGCUGCUGGAUACUUUGAUUCUUUCUCUCCAUCACGUCAAUGUGUGUUAUUACGUGACCUGUGACACGAAACUCGGAACUGAAGAGAAGAGAAUAAAUGGAGAAAUCAAACGGUUUCCCGUCCGACCGAACCGUCCUCUGCCUGUUCGACGUGGACGGGACUCUGACAGCUCCCAGAGAGAAAAUCGACCCACAGCUGGAUGAGUUUUUCCAGACUCUUCGGAGGAAAGUCAAGAUCGGCAUCGUGGGAGGGUCGGACUACUCCAAGAUAGCUGAGCAGCUCGGGGAGGGGGAUGAUGUGAUACACAAGUUUGACUAUGUCUUUGCUGAGAACGGGACCGUGCAAUACAAAGAUGGGAAACUACUCUCAAAGCAUGCGAUACAGAACCAGAUCGGAGAAGAGCUGCUGCAGGACCUCAUCAACUUCUGCCUCAGCUACAUGGGGCUCAUCAAGCUGCCAAAGAAAAGGGGAACGUUCAUUGAGUUCAGGAAUGGGAUGCUCAACAUUUCCCCCAUUGGUCGGAGCUGCUCGCUGGAGGAGCGAAUUGAAUUCUCUGAAAUUGACAAGAUAGAGAAGAUCCGGGAGAAAUUUGUUGCUGCCCUGAAAGAGGAGUUUGCUGGAAAGGGACUACAGUUCACUAAAGGUGGUCUCAUCAGCUUUGACGUCUUUCCAGAGGGCUGGGACAAGAGAUUGUGUUUAGAGCUGCUGGACAGCGAAGGCCUGGACGCCAUCUAUUUCUUUGGCAACGAGACGUCAGAUGGAGGAAACGACUAUGAGAUUUUCAACGACCCACGGACCAUCGGCUUCACCGUCUACUCUCCGGAGGACACGGCCAGGUUCUGUCGGGAGCUUUUCUUCAAUGCUCCACCACAUGAGCCCUGAUAUCCCGGAACGUUCUCUCUCCCCCCCGCCUUUUUUUGUUUUAAAGGUACAGAAACUGAGGAAGUGUUACAUUUUGAUGUAUGUGAAGUACAUCAAAAGUGAUGUGAAGUUUUAAGUACUGGGCCAGUGUACUGGGCCAGUGUAACAGCACUGUGAUGUGUAGCAUGUGACAUGAAAUUAGCCAAAAAACGCAGAGAGAUUUUUAACACAGAUGUGUUUGAAAUGAUUACUUCUGAAUUAACUAAGAGUAUAAAAUGAUGUUUUGCACUAAUGUUGGCAUAUUUUGAUACCCUUUGUUGGUAUAAUCUUGUUGAACACUGCUAAAAGAGGUGACAAAAGUGAAAGAGAAAGACAGUGAUUUUUGUGAGUCCACGUUGAAAAUGAGAUGAUGUGGGUCUUUCCUCCUCUACAGUUGAUGAUAUAUGAAUCAUUCCAGGUAUUUUAAUUUCUCUUCAGCUCUCUUCGCUGGAGGUGAUAUGUUGUUUAUUUACUGUGUAAUCCCUAAAAUAUCAAGUGUCUGUUUUGAAAAUGUGUCAGAUUUCUAUUUAAAAACUGAGCUCAAUGAAUUCAUUUUAACCAGGGAAUUAAGCUACUGUGACCAAGUCACUCUGCAAACUUGUCAGUUGAUAUGACAGCUUUUUUUGUAAAAUAUUUUGACGAGCUGCACGCUGGGUGAUUGUAUGUAUUGAUGCUUAUUGCUAAUCUUUUUCAGAUUCAUGCAGUUUUUAACAGAUGCUUAAAUUGUUUUUUAGGGACCUUUUAAAAUGGUGAACAGUGACACUUUGAUUUUCAAAUGACGAGUCAAUGUUCUGUCAUGGUUCAGAAGAAAAAUGCCUCCUUAAUGGAUCAUUGUUUUAAAUAUAAAGCUUUUGAUUGAUAUCAGCUGCAGUUCUGUGUCUGACUGUAAACACUCCUUCAACAACAAAUACUAUAAGGAUCAUGUCGACAAGACUUUUAUUCACAGCAGAGAUGAGCUUUUAAUGUGUCACUAACUGAUUAAAAAAGAUCGGUCAUGUCGUUUUUCAGUCAUUUAUGGAUAAAAAAGGAAUUUGGCUCAAUUCAUUUUGAUAAAACUUUUUUGAUAUCAUGU